ACUGAAACAUGGCGGUGUCCAUAGCAAAGUUCUUGGCUGCUGAUGUGUGUUUCUUAAUAAUAACUUUAUUGUUUCAUCCUGUUUGUGCCGAUAUCUCUGCCGGGACGUAUACGGGUGGAGAAACGCCACAUCGACGUUUCGAGUACAAAUAUAGUUUUAAGGGACCGCAUCUGACUCAAAGCGAUGGUAAAAUUCCGUUCUGGGUUCACACUGGAAAUGCCAUUCCCAGUUCAGACCAGAUCCGUAUCACGCCCUCACUGCGAAGCCAGAAGGGUUCCGUGUGGACCAAGUCCCCGGUAAGCUUUGAGCACUGGGAGGCGGAGGUGGCAUUCCGAGUGUCAGGUCGGGGACGAAUGGGCGCAGAUGGGCUGGCAAUAUGGUUCACGUCAGGCCAAGGCCUUGAGGGUCCGGUCUAUGGUGCUGCUGACAUGUGGAACGGAGUGGGGAUUUUCUUUGACUCAUUUGACAAUGACGGCAAGAAAAAUAACCCUGUUGUCCUUGUUGUGGGAAACAAUGGAAAACUUGUUUAUGACCAUCAAAAUGAUGGAUCAACCCAAGCCUUGGGUACAUGCCUUAGAGACUUCCGGAACAAGCCCUACCCCGUCAGAGCCAAAGUCAUAUAUUACAAGAAGACAUUAACGGUCUUGAUCAAUAAUGGAUUCACUCCAGAUAAGGAUGACUUUGAGUUCUGCACCAAAGUGGAGAACAUGAUCAUUCCACAGACAGGCUACUUUGGCAUCUCUGCCGCCACUGGUGGUUUAGCAGAUGACCAUGAUGUUUUGUCAUUCCUGUUAUUCAGACUGACAGAACCAGGAAAAGAACCGCCCAAAGCUGAAAAAGAGAUUCCAAAAGAGGAAAAGGAUAAGUACCAGGAGGAAUUUGAGAAUUUCCAACAAGAGCUGGACAAAAAGAAAGAAGCGUUCCAGAAGGAACACCCUGAUGUUCAGGGACAGCCUAUUGAGGACGAGUAUGAGAGCGUGAAUGAGCGGGAGAUCAGACAGGUGUUUGAGGGACAGAAUCGUAUCCACCUGGAGAUCAAACAGCUCAAUCGGCAGCUGGCCAUGAUCCUGGAUGAGCAGCGUCGCUACGUGUCUGCCAUCACAGAGGAGAUCUCCAAACGCGCGGUGACUUCCCAGUCUGGACAGGCUCCAAGUCAAGACAUUGAUAAUUUGGUGACAACACAACAAGAAGUCCUGAGACAGCUGAAUGAGUUAAGAAACACGUUCACUGCAUCAGUGAAGCAGCUCAGUGUGUCCCAGCAGGGUAAUGCAGGAGCUAUAGGCACCUAUGAGACUGUUCAGCACUUCAAUGACAUCAAAGAACACCUACACAUAGUCAAGAGGAGCGUUGAGCACAUUAUCCAAAAAAAUAUGGAUCCCAGUGAGAAGUUGAAAUGCCCUGAACUGCCACCCAUGCCUUCCUGCCUUUCCACCAGCCACUUUGUGGUGUUUGUGGUCAUACAGUCCCUCCUUUUCUUUGGCUACAUCAUGUACAAAAGUCAGCAAGAAGCAGCAGCAAAGAAGUUCUUUUGAUGACAAACAACUCUUCAACAAGCACAGUACAGUUGGUUAAUGAGGGAAAAUCUAUUUUGUUAAUUUUCAGUUGUUUUUUGUUUUGUUUUGUUUUUUUUUUCAAAUUGUAAAUUAUUGUACUUGAAAACUGAAGUGUUUUGCUCGAGGAAAGUAUUUUUUCUUUUAAUUUCUGAUUUUUAAUUUGAUCUGAAUUGUACAGAGUGUGAAUGUUCUCUCUCUCGAAGCGCGUGUGGAAAAACUUUCAAAGAUUCCCAGAUAUGAUGUAAUAUAUUCAUUAGGGUUCAAACAAUAUAUUUAGAAUUUGUCAAACCAGUUUACAAGGCCUUUGUUUAGGAACUCAACCACUGCCCUUCUGAAAUAUCUGCAUACUUUGGAGAAGUAUUGCUGUUUAAAGUAUUAUGGCCAAACUGUUUUAAUGGCAAAUGCGGGGGGAGGGGCGGGGGUAUAAAUGUGUGUUUCAAAUUAUUUCAGUAGGAAGGCAAAACAGUUGUUUUUUGUUUUUUUUCUCACACAAUUUACAUAAACAAAAGACAAACCCAAA